CCUCCUACGAAGCCUACCGUGCGGCCGGACCCGUCCUCGGUGAAGGCUCCCCUCAUCUUCGUCGGAGUUAUCAAUACUUGAAGCAUCACAAGUGGCAAUCAUGGCUACAGCAUCAGUGUCAACACCCAUCAAGUCCCAUGCCGGACUCUUCUCGACCCGUACCGCUGGCGGGCGGAUGCCCCUAACCCCCUCCCCCCGUCAGCGCUCUUCCACCGCGAACGCCAACUCGUCUCCGUUCACGCCCGAAAAGACGGCCAAUGACGGCCAGCGGGUGCCCUCCAAGUCGGUCUACAGCGGCAAUCUCGCCGCCCACUUUGCCAAGUCCAAGAGCCAUCGCGACUCGCCCAAAUCCAACAUCGCCCGCGUGGUGUCAACCCCGCGCAAAGCUCUUGAGCUGGGCAUCUCCGACUUCACUCUCACCGGCACCGGCGCCCAUGUCAAGACUCCGCCCAGCAACAAGAGCAAGAGGACAACUGUUGUCAGGCAGAAAUCGAGCAAGACCACGCUGGCCUACAACGCGGACCGCUUCAUUCCCAACCGGGCCGCGAGCUCUGCCAUUGCGAAUGUCGGGUCCGGCAAGAUUGAUAUGCACGAGAAGCGCUCGAGAGCGGUCCACUGCGAGGGCUCGUCUGUCCUCUCGUCAGCAACCGAAGACGCCAUUGCCGCCCUCGAGGGUCUCAACAUCAACGAGGAGGAGACUGCUUCAUACUCGCGGCCGUCACCCAAUACAGUCGCCUAUCAAGACUCUCUGGCAAAUGCUUGCGGCGUCAACCUGAAGACGCGCAUCCUUGAGUUCAAGCCCGCGCCUCCCGAGUCGUCGAAGCCGAUCGACCUGCGGCAGCAGUACAAUCGCCCGCUGAAGCCCGCCAACGCCAGCUCGGCUCAGUUCAGGAGGCGCAUCGCCACCGCUCCGGAGCGCGUCCUGGAUGCGCCCGGGCUCAUCGACGACUACUACCUCAACCUCCUGGACUGGAGCUCCUGCAACCAGGUCGCCAUCGGGCUUGAGCGCAACGUCUACGUCUGGUCCGCGGACGAGGGCACGGUUAGCUGCCUCCUCGAGACGAGCCCCGAUACGUACGUCAGCAGCGUCAAGUGGUCCGGAGACGGUGCAUACGUGGGCGUCGGUCUCGGCACCGGCGAGGUGCAGAUUUGGGACGUCGCCGAGGGUGUCAAGAUCCGCAGCAUGUUUGGCCACGACACGCGUGUGGGCGUCAUGGGAUGGAGCAAGCAUAUCCUCUCGACCGGUGCUAGGAGCGGGCUCGUCUUCAACCACGACGUCCGCGUUGCGGAGCACAAGGUCGCCGAGCUCGUCUCGCACACCUCGGAAGUCUGCGGUCUGGAAUGGCGCUCCGACGGCGCGCAGCUUGCCACCGGCGGCAACGACAACCUCGUGUCGAUCUGGGACGCUCGGUCUCUCGCCGUCCCCAAGUUCACAAAGACCAACCACAAGGCGGCCGUCAAGGCGAUCGCCUGGUGCCCGUGGAACAUGAACCUGCUCGCCACCGGAGGCGGCUCGUACGACCGCCACAUCCACUUCUGGAACACCACGUCCGGCGCGCGCGUCAACAGCAUCGACACGGGCUCGCAGGUCACCAGCCUCCGCUGGAGUCCCCACUACCGCGAGAUCGUCAGCUCCAGCGGGUUCCCCGACAACUCGCUGAGCAUCUGGAGCUAUCCGACCCUGGUGCGCAACAUCGAGAUCCCCGCGCACGAGAGCAGAGUUCUCCACAGCUGCCUCAGCCCUGAUGGUCAGAUGUUGGCCACAGCCGGUGAGCGCUCCCCAGCCUUUGUUUCCUUCUCGAUUUCUCUUGUGAAGAGACAUCGCAUAAUUACUAACACGCCACGCAGCUGCGGACGAGAGCUUGAAGUUCUGGAAGAUCUUCGAGAAGAAGCCGGGAGCGGGCUCUGGCGUUGGCGGUGCCGGCGCAUCGGCAAAGGCCGACAUGACCAAGCAGAUGACCAUUCGCUAGAGCUUCCCACCGCUCCAGGCAAAACCCCCGCGGCAAGUCGGGUGUCCGAGUCUUAGUGUUCAGCCAACGGUAGGUAUUACAUGGUUUCCCCUUCUGUUCUGACGAGUGUGAAAUCAAGGCGAACGGAUUCGGGGGUUCCUGGGCAUCGAUUGGGUUUCAGCACGGCGUUGGGGGUUGUUUCUCCGGUCUCUCACGCAAUGCAUCAUGAGACGCCAUCGUCACGCAGGGAUGAACGGGAAUCGGGCUUGGUCAUGGGGUUACGAAUACAGGAGACAUCUUUUUGUCUGUCGGUCUUAGGUCAGGGUAAUUGCUUACCGUGUCUUGCAUUGGACCAAAUUAGAUUGGUAUUGUAAACUAGCUGUAGUCAUAAUUGGCGAGAUAGGCCAAAGGAAUGGAGUUGUGAU